AUGGCUUUACCUCUUCCGGGCUCGCCUUCAUCCUCUUGGGCCAUCUUUCGGGAACGUCUGAAGCAUACCUUUAGUGGCGCCGACCCCAGAGUGUGCUUCGCCUUCUGGAUCUUCGGCUUGAUCAACAAUGUCCUCUACGUUAUCAUCCUCUCCGCCGCGCUCGACCUUGUUGGUCCCACUGUCCCCAAAGGAGUCGUCCUUCUCGCCGAUGUCAUCCCUUCUCUCCUGACCAAACUGUGCGCUCCCUACUUCAUCCAUGCAGUGCCGUAUCCUGUCCGGGUCUUCAUAUUUGUGGGCUUAUCUGCUGCCGGCAUGAUCUUGAUAGCCCUCACACCUAGCUAUACGGAUGGCGGGACGAUCGCAACCAAGAUGACGGGCGUCAUAUUGGCAUCCUUGAGUAGCGGCGGCGGGGAGCUGACCUUUGUUGGCUUAGUCCACUACUAUGGACCUUUCAGUCUCGCUGCUUGGGGGAGCGGAACUGGGGGUGCAGGACUGAUAGGGGCCGGCGCAUAUGCAGUGGCAACGACAUCUCUCGGCCUCAGCGUCAAAACCACCAUCCUGGCCUCGGCCUGCUUGCCAGCGAUCAUGCUGGUGAGUUUCUUCCUCAUUCUUCCGCUACGGCCCCUUCGAUUGCACUCCAAGCUACACCACGGCGUCCCGGACCUGACUGGGGACGAUGAGGAUGAGGAAACCGACCAUGAGCAACAAGAAGGGCUUCUCUCCUCCGAAAGGCCCGCGAGACCUACCUUUGUCUCGCAUCAGAAUUCAUCUUCUGCUUCGGCGAGAUUCACCCAUAACCUUGUGCGGGCCAAAGGUCUCUUCUUCCCUUUCAUGCUACCUCUCCUCCUGGUGUACGUGGCCGAAUAUACCAUCAAUCAGGGCGUGUCGCCGACACUUUUGUUUCCUCUUCGAGACACACCCUUCAAGCACUUUCGUGCGUUUUAUCCGACUUAUAAUGCAAUCUACCAGGCGGGUGUAUUCAUUUCUCGAUCUUCAACGCCAUUCUUACGAGUGCACAACCUUUAUCUACCGUCAGUCUUGCAGAUAGCCAACUUGGCCCUCUUGACGUUGCAUGCAAUCUUUGACUUCAUUCCGAGCGUGUACAUUGUUUUCGCUGUGAUAUUCUGGGAGGGUCUGUUAGGUGGACUCGUUUAUGUCAACACCUUUGCCGAGAUCAGCGACACUGUUGCUCAGGAAGAUCGAGAGUUUUCGUUGUCGGCAACCACCGUGAGCGACUCUGGAGGAAUCUGCAUCGCCGGAUUCAUAAGCAUGGGAUUUGAGGUGUGGCUGUGCAACUGGCAGGUUCGGCAUGGGAGGGACUAUUGCAAGAAGUUCUGA